GGUCCAGUUUCACCCCGCCCGUCCGCUUGGAGUCUGUCGCACAGUCGCUAUGGACGCACGUCACUUAGUUAAACUACCCGCACUUGGGAUAUCAUCUGUUUAUUGCAGGCUCUUCGACUGAGGAGGAGACCCGCCGGACGCGGAGUGAUGAACAGCGACCCCGAAACUACGGAGUUUGCGUUUGUAACGUUAUAUCCGUGAACCUCCAUCUGGACACAAGAGACUGCCAGACAUUUCUGGACGUUUUAGUUGCUAAUUAGUUGCUUCAGUGAUGUUACUCGACACAGAUGUGGUUCUGUUACACUAUCAUCUUUUCGCUGUCUAUGGGAAAAGAUUAUUGAGCGCUAUAAACUUUUAACUUUGUGUUUGUGCUCUGUAACUGUGACGUCGCUAAGAGGAUCUACUGUUACCCGAGCUCUGUACUCAACUCCAGACCGGGGCUCGAAACCCGGCCCGCUUCGAGACAUUUUUUUUUGUCAUUUAGGUAACUUAAGGAGUGUUACAAAUGACUACUCUUUAAAAAAAUGAGUCGAAAUCGCUAGAGGAAAUGAACGAGCGUAUAUAAAGGAGAUCUAUUGUUACAUGUGAAUGCACGCGGACAGAAUGGCGUCAUAUGUGGACAAUAGUUUUCGGCACGCGAUCAUGAAGAUCCCAGCCGACAGGACGCAACAGGAUCUGCAGAUUGUGUACUCAUACCUUCAUGGCAUGGAAGCUCUGUCCAACCUGAGGGAACACCAGCUCAGGCUGAUGUGUGAGACGGUUCGAUAUGAACAGCAUGAUGCUAAUGAGGUUUUAUACUAUCCUGAUGACAUCGGGACCUGCUGGUAUAUCCUUCUGUCUGGCUCGGUCUUCAUAAAGGAGUCUAUGUUUCUGCCCCGCAGCAGUUUUGGUAAGCGUUCUGCUGGUAGUUUGCGUCGUGGUUGUGAGUGUAUCGUCCUUGAGGCUUCAGAAAUGAUUGUGGUGGACUACAUGGAUGACAAUGACGAGUAUUUCCAAAGACAAGCAUCUCAUCGACAAUCCAGGAGAAGGUUUCGAAAGAUAAACCAGCGUGGAGAGCGCCAGACCAUUAUUGAUACCGUUGAUAAUUAUCCAGUCAGCAAGCCGCCUCUGCCACCUGGAUACCACUCUGAAUGCCCCAAAUCCCAGCUCCCAACCGACUUCUCAAAGCUUCACCCCUCCGACAGUUGCCACUCUCAUAUGACUUCCAGCCAAUCACGUUCCAGCAUCGCCAGUGAUUCAGGAAGCAGCAGCCUAUCGGAUAUUUACCAGGCCACUGAGAGCGAGUGUGGAGACAUGGAUCUAAGUGGGCUUCCUGAAACAGCAGUGGACUCAGACGAGGAUGAUGAUGAUGAAGACGUAGGAAGGGGAACGGACCAUCUUAUGAGUCGGGAUAUUGUGAGAGACUGCCUUGAAAAAGACCCUAUGGACCGUACAGAUGAUGACAUUGAGCAAUUGCUGGAGUUUGUUCAGCAGCUUCCAGCAUUUGCCAGUCUGAGUGUUUCGGUGCGAAGGGAACUCUGUGCUGUUAUGGUGUUUGCGGUUGUGGAACGUGCUGGAACUAUAGUCCUAAACCAUGGUGAAGAGCUGGACUCAUGGUCAGUCAUUCUGAAUGGAGCAGUAGAGGUGAUAUACCUGGACGGCCGCAGUGAGAGUGUGUGUAUGGGUGGAAGUUUUGGUGUCUGCCCAUCAAUGGAGAAACAACUGAUGACUGGAGUAAUGAGAACCAAAGUUGAUGACUGUCAGUUUGUGUGCAUUGCCCAGCAGGACUAUUGCUGCAUUCUGAAUCAGGUUGAGCAGAACACACAGCGAGUAGAGGAGGAAGGGGAAAUCGUCAUGGUCAAAGAACAUCGAGAACUCGACAGGACGGGCACACGCAAGGGACACAUUGUUGUCAAGGGUACUGCUGAGAGGCUGAUGCAGCACUUAGUGGAGGACCAUUCAAUCGUCGACCCCACAUAUAUUGAGGACUUUCUCUUAACCUAUCGUACCUUCCUGCCCAGUCCUCUGAUUCUGGGACAGAGACUUCUAGACUGGUUUAAUGACCCCUGUUUACGGGACAAGGUAACCCGGGUUGUGCUCUUAUGGGUUAACAAUCAUUUUAGUGAUUUUGAAGGAGACCCUGACAUGACCAGUUUUUUGGAGGAGUUUCAAAGCAACCUGGAAAGAGAGAAAAUGACCGGUCAGUUGAGGUUGCUCAACAUCGCUUGUGCAGCAAAAGCCAAACCCAGAGUGAUAACUGUAACCAGGACAGCUCGAGAGAUCCCCCUCCCCUUUACCCUUAUUGGAGGAGCUGAACGGGGGACACGCCUCUUCAUCAGCAGUGUGGAGGUUGGCAGCAAAGCAGAGGAGGCAGGGCUUAAGCGUGGAGACCAGAUAUUGGAGGUGAACGGACAGACGUUUGAGAAUGUGCAGUUGUCGAAAGCGACUGAAAUUCUCAGGAACAACAUACAGCUCUCUAUGAGUGUCAAAACCAACCUACUUGUCUUCAAGGAGUUGGUGGCAAGGGUGGCCGAGGAAAGGAAAAACGGCGUUCCUCAUCUUCCAAAGAUUGGUGACGGAAAGAAAAACUGUCGAUAUUCUAUACCUGAACUUGGGGCUGGUUCUGAUGUUAUAGGUCAAGAAAAAAUCAGCAAGAAGGCAAAAGCACAUACAGUGGGUGGCCGAAACAAACUGAUGAAGAUUCUAGACAAGACACGCAUGAGCAUCCUACCUCAGAAACCUUACAGUGACCUCGGGUUGGGGCAGACUCAGGAUGACAGCAUUGUGGGAUUACGGCAGAACAAACAGACUCCACCCACUAUGCCAGUGAGCGGAACUCUCUCAUCCAGUAACCCUGACCUGGCACAAGGCCAGCAACGCAUCAUCGACUACAGUACACAGCCACCAGCACCUGGAUUCACUCAGUUGCAAGACCAGGUGCUGCGCAUUUUCAAGGCAGAUCAGCAAAGCCGUUACUUACUGGCCAAUAGAGACACCACAGCCAGAGAAGCUGCCAAUCUAGCCAUAAAAGAGUUUGGCUUGUCUGCGAGUCCCGAAGCUUUUUCGCUCUGUGAAGUUUCAGUCACACAGGAAGGAGUUAUCAAGCAGAGACGACUGCCUGAUCAACUGUCCAAACUGGCUGACAGGAUCCAACUGAGUGCCAGGUACUAUCUAAAGAGCAAUAUGGAAACCGAGACGCUGUGUUCGGAUGUGGAAGCACUGGAGAUGCAGAGAGAAUCUGUGGUGCCCCUGUUGUCUUUGAGCUCAAUGGAGAUAGCCAAUCAGCUUUCAGCACGCAACUAUCUGCUCUUCUCCUGCAUCGAACCGACAGAUUACAUCAAUGACCUCUUUAAGCUUCACCCACAAGAGCCUCCCACAAACCUGCGCAACUUUGAGGGUCUGGUGAACCAGGAGACUUUCUGGGUCGCCACAGAGAUUGUUCAGGAAACCAACCUGGCCAAAAGAGUGAAGAUCAUCAAGCACUUUAUUAAGAUUGCUCUUCACUGCCGCGACUGCAAGAACUUCAACUCUAUGUUCGCCAUUAUCAGUGGGUUCAAUCUGGCUCCUGUCUCUCGGUUGCGAUCUACAUGGGAACGGUUGCCUGGAAAAUACGAGAAGCUUUUGGCUGAAUUACAGGAUGUUUUUGACCCUUCUCGCAACAUGGCCAAAUAUCGCAACCUUUUGAACAAACACAACCUUCAGCCGCCGGUGAUCCCUCUGUUCCCCGUCAUCAAGAAAGACCUCACCUUCCUUCAUGAGGGCAACAACUCAGAGGUGGACGGUCUGGUGAAUUUUGAGAAGUUGAGGAUGAUCGCACGAGAGAUCAGACACGUGGUUCGAAUGGCUUCCAUCACCAUGGACCCUGCAUUGCUUUUUAAGACUAGGAAGAAAAAGUGGAGGAGUCUUGGAUCUCUAAGUCAGGUGAGCAGCUCUUCUCUGUCUGACAUUGGAACGAUGGGUGGAAAGAGAAAGGGCAGGCGGAGCUCUUUCCUCAGUGCUAAGAAACUGUAUGAGGUGGAGAUGAUGAGCAGACGUGUGCGCCAGUAUCUGGACACGCACUCAAACGAGUGCAACGAGGACACACUUCAUGAGCUCUCCAUGACCUGUGAGCCUGCCAACAGCUCCACACUGAAGCACGCUGGUGAGAGGAGACGGAUUGAUGCAUCUCCUGCUGGUCAGAGAAGUGCCAGUCCUCAACAAACGAAUGGAAAUCAUGGUCGCAAGAAGUCAAUUAGCAAAGAGUUACCAUUCGAGGGCCGAGACAGACAACGAAAGCUCCCAGAGGACAGCCAAUCAAGCACUUCAUCUCUCCUCUCCUCUCCACGUAAUUCACCUCAGAGCACACCUAGAAAAGGCCCACAGUUAGUGGUAAGCGAGGUAUCAGAUCAGAUGAGUCUGUUAAGCUCCUCUUCCUCCGAACUCCUCAUGGUUGAUGACCACACACACACUCAGCCCCAUUCACUUGCACAUCCACUCAGUGCACGCAGGGCUGAGCCAGAUCAAUUAAGCCUGGGGUCCUACUCCUUGACUCAGGAUCAGUGUGACCGCGCAUCACUGGACGCAGCAGACAGCGGUCGUGGCAGCUGGACAUCCUGCUCGAGUGGAUCCCAUGACAAUAUCCAAAGUAUUCCUCAGCGUGUGGGAUAUUAUGACAGCCGCAGCUGGGAGAUGCUGUCAGACGGGAUGGGGCGAAGUCACAUGACCACUCCCACCGGCUACUGGGCUGAUGAACUGGAAGGAGACACAGGAACGAUAAAACGCAGAGGUGGAAAAGACGAAACUCCGAACACAAACAAGAACACCGUGAGUAGGAGGGAGGGGCAUUUCAGAGAGCCGCCGCCCACACCACCGGGUUACACUGCUGUCUCAUUGGCUGAGGCAGACACCAACAGUCAUGCUCAUGGGCGACGCCCACCAGACUACAGCGCGGCUCUGCAGAGAUCUCGAUUCCUUAAAAGGACAUGCGAUCCUCCUCCAUUGCACUCGUCCAGCAGAUUACCACCGUACAGCCACUGCCAGACUCCACGACGAUCACAAGCAGAUGAAAGCGAACAAAUAUCUGCAGUUUAACAAGGGACACUUCAUAAAUCUGCACCCCAUAGUUUCACCACAUGCAAACAUGACAGUGGACUGAACCACAGCAAAGCAUUCUGGACUUUCACAGAGAUCACCGUGAAAGAGGAGCAGAGAAAAUCUUAGCACUUUGUUCUGCAAAACAAGGCAACAAAAGAACAAUUUCAUUAUUGCAUUUACAAAAUGAAGCACGUAGUCUCAUUUUAAAGUGUGUGUAUAGUGAGGAGAGCUGUUGCUCAUAAUGCUUUAUCAGUGUUACCAAAACUACAGAAACAGUAUUAUUUCAUUUGAAGUUUUAAUCUGCCAGCUUACUAUGUCACAUGUUUAAGAAACUGUGUGUGUGUGUGUGCGUGCGCACAUGUGAGAGGGAGUUUUCAAUCAAUCAAUCAAUGACAGAGGAGUUUGUAAUCCUUUUCGGACACUUGAAGGCAAGUGAGCAGCACCCAGACCUCAAUAGACUCAGACGUCUCUCUCUUUGCCGAUAUCAGUGUUUAAUGUUUCUCCUGAGUAUAUAUGAUCUUUUUAAACAUGAAUUGUCUCAUCCGACAUGUUCCUGAAAACUUUCCAAACGUGCCCGCAUUUCUGUCGGAAAAAGAUUUUAUGUUUUUGUAUUUUUAUUUAAUUUUAUCUGUCAGUAAUCAAGAUCAUGAAUUAUUGCACAUGUUCACAAGCAGGAGAUUGUAGUCCACAACAUAUAAAUGAUAGUUGUUACAUAGAUGAUAGGCGCUCAUGAUACGGUCAGUAUAUAGUAAUGACAGUACAUAUUAACUUUGUGAUAGUUAUCAUUACUUCUAGUGUUACACAUUGUUAGCUCCCUGUGUUUCUAUCCAACCCAAUCGAAAAGAAUCACGUGUAUUUCUAUGUCUUUUACAAAGACAACCGGCAGAGUCUGUAACUACUUUUGUAUUUUUAAUACAGCUAUUGUAAAUAUUGGUUAUAUUUUGUAAAAGAUUUCAGAGAACUAUUCUGUUUAUUGGAAGCAAUUCAGCUACAAAUAACUGAGGGAAAAUAAACACUGUAGCGAUGAA